CUUCCGGCGGGGACCUGCGGGCAGCUGUCGGGGAGGAGCCGCGGGCCUGUGACCGGGCGCCUGGGAAGGGGCGGACCGUGACUGGGUGUCGGGGGGCCCUGAGGGUAACGCAGGGUGAGCCCCUCCAGUUGACGGCCUUUAGUGUUUUCAGGAGUUCUCAGUGGGAAUGUGAGGUUCUGUUGGUGGUUGUCAUGGAAGUUAACAAGUCCUCGCCCACGGGGACUGUUAGAAACAUGGAGUGCGGCGGGUUUACGUGGAUCCCUGAGCGUUUUCUGUGUCAAGAUCCACCCGCGUUCACUGCCUUUCACAAAACACGCCUGACCAUUUUGUUUCUGGAAGUCGGGCGGUUCUGCAUUUUGGGCUUUUCCCUCCACUGAUGCUGGUGCUGCCGGGAUGACGCAGGAGGCUGCAGUUCCCUGGUGCCCUGAUGAGGCGGGUUGGGGCAGUGUGUUGAGGGCUCUGGAGAGGAGACUGGACAGGGCCCAGGUGCCAGCUGCCUCAGUCCUCUCAUGCUGGACCCUUCUACCUCUCCCAGUGCCACUCCAGAGUCCUUAUGCAUUUCUGAGAGCAGCAGACAAUGAAUCAAUCUCGGACCUGCCUGCUCCGGACGCGCGUUCCCCCAGGCCCUGGUCUGAGGACUCCCAGGGCGCUGUGCGAUGGGGUGACCCUCGGCCCCCCAGGCAGCGUGGGUGUGGCAGGACCGUGUGGCAGCACCUUCCGCCGGGCACCCUGGACACGGCUUGUGUAUCUGUCACCCGGCUUCGUCCUCCUGAUAUCGCAGCAGCUUGGCACGUGCCUGGCCGAGCCAUCCCUGUGCCUAAUCCUCGUCCUGCAAGCGGCCCCCCCCAGCCGUUGUCACCCACUCUUCUGUCUCAGGGACAGAAGUGGAGUGCCCCAGCAGAUGGCCAUCGUCCUGGUGGUGUGUGUGCUCUCCCUGCUCUUGGUGGUGACCGGGAGGCCCCUGGUGCUUUUCCUCUGACCACAGCACCACCGCCGCUGAGGGUUCUGCGGGUCAGUGAGGAGGUGACCGGGCCAGCUGAAGGACAGGCCACUGAGGCUGACCAAGUGCCCUCCCAGCACCUGUUGGGACAUUUGUUGCAUUUAACGUUUUGGUGAGGCUUUGCACCCGUGUCCCUGAACGAAGUCAUCUAUGCAAACGUUUUCCAUCCCUCUGGGGGGGGGUGGCCAGUGCUAGUAGCUUCCUGACCUGUGUCCUUGGGGCGUAGGAUACUUCUCCACAUACUGAACCGCCGUCUUGUUUCCAGAGGAUUCUCGUGUCUGUCGAGUUCGGGGUCGUGGCUGAGGACUCACUCACCCUUUCAUCUGCUUGUAGAGUCGGUUCCUUGACAUUUGGAAAGAGGCUGCCGCUGAGGGAUCACAUCCUGUAGCGAGGGAGGGCCCACUCUUGGCUCCAGUGCAUCUGUUGUAGUUUUUUAUUCAUCCUGAUGACGGAUUUUGUUGCUAGAAAAUCCUGCCACUCAGCCGUUCCCAUGUUUGCCUUAAUUUAUGUUACCCUUCCCUUUUUGGGUCAUUUGUAAGGGAGCAGUUUACUCUUCCUUUUUCCAAAUAAAGAACAUCAGGAUGGGUUUAUAUGCAUUUCCCUCCAGAUUUUGCAAUGUGUUUCCCAUUAUUAGGUCUUGGGUUUAAGAAAAUGUUUCUACUCUUUGUGUUAAUGUUGGGGUUGAAUCCUUUGUGUUGUCUGACUACAAAUUAUCCAGUGGUAGAACCAGCUUCGGCAGCUUCGUGAAGUUGGAUGCCCCAUGUUUUUUAUGUCACACCGUCCUGUUUGUAAAGCACAAUGACUGGACAGAGUCAAAAAGUCAUUUUCUUGAUUUCUGGCUUUGUGAAGGGAAUGUGGCCUCUCUGCUGCUUUCCCAAGCUUUCUGGAAGCCUUGGCUGCGGCCUGCGUGCAUCAUGAUGUACGUGUGUGUGUGUGUGUGUGUGUGUGUGUCGGACAUUUGAGGCUGAUUUUCUGUUUGUAGAAUCCUGAACUUGGCUUAAUUGCACUGUGCACACCUUUUUUUGGCCUGCCCUUGUCCCAAGCUCGUGAAGGUUAUGGGAAAACCUCUGAGGAUGAGUCUAUUUUUCUAUUUUUUGCUCUCUGAGCUCAGAAGCUGUGACUAUACAAAGUGUUGCUCUGCUGAGAAUACGGGAUUCACGCAAGAAACCCCAAAUAAACGGUGAAAGUGAAUCCCUUCAUGUCUCUUGACUGGGAUUCCAAGGCCUUUUCGUGAUAAAUGCUGGAGAAAUGAGCACAUACAGGCUUGAAAUGGGGGGGCUUCCCCACAUUGUGCUCCUGGGGUGCAGUCACCCCAAGAAGGGGCAUCUAAAGGGAAAGGACACAAAUCUGAUAGGGUCACUGUAUCUGUGUCCAGUUGCCUCCUGCCCCAUCCACCAGCAGCCUGUUACCACCCACCCUUUUGUGGCCUGCCCAUACUGCUGUCACACCCCAUUGUGCCCCCAUCCCACUGUGGCCCACCACUACCACUGCCACCCUGCAGGGGGGGGGGUGGGUCCUGGGCCAGCCAACUGGUCGACCUCAGCAUGGCACAGCAGCAGCCACCAAACCUCCCCCCAGCCCCCAGUAAGGAGAAGGGACCUUACAUUCCACCAGCCCCCUGCAACCCAGAAUAAGGCAACACACACCCCAGCCCUGAGGUGUUCAUUCUGUGCAACCUGGGAAGGAAAAAAGACAGCAAAGGAGAUGUGCAGUGGGGGGAGAGGGAGCAUUCCUACCCCCAUAGCCCCUACCAGGGGACAAGUGGGGAUGUGGGACUGGAUUGAGGGCACACAGCUCCCUUUUAUUGGCAGCUGAGCGUCCCCCUGGCCUCAAAGUCCUGCAGAAGUGACCACCCAAAGACAUGUGGAACAUAAAAGCACAAAGCAACACCCUCCAAACCACAUGUUGCUGCUUUCACUAAGGCAUCAGGAUAUGGGGAUCAGUCCCCAAUCACCACUGGGGACAGCCCCACAGAGGAGCAGAGAGUCCCCCACCCUUAAAACUGCACUUGGUCUUUUGCUCAUGGACUGGGUGACACAGAUGUGGGUGAGAUCCAGGCGAGGUGACAAUGCAGCUUUUAUUUUGAUGUUGAUUUUGCACUUUUCCUUCCAGACUUGUCUGGUUGUUUAUGACCCUUUUCUGUGGGUCCCCACUGGAAGAUGCUUUAGACUUGUGGCAGGCCUUGGGGCCUUGCUCUGGGCCAAUCCCAUUUGGAUGGACUUUUACCCACGAGGGGACAGGUCACUUUGGGUGCUUGAUUUAAAAACUAUAUUCUUUGCCUUUCCUGUGUUGUUUCCUAAUUGUAUUAAAGUUCCUUCCCAUUAAAGUCUCAUGUUUUGUGUUGAUGUGGCAGAUGGCAGAACCCAUUUAGAACAGGCAGGUUUGCAGGGUUCGGGCUGACCCUCUCCCUGUCCUAUAACAGAUUUGGGGCCCCACUUAGGGCUUGAUAUAAGGCCUAGCCAAGCCACAGCUUGAGAGAGCUAGUUCUGUAUAAGCAUUGUGCUAAACACCAUGUGGCCACAGGGUCCACCCUCAACAGCACACCCUCUUAAGCAGGGUGGCAUAAGGCUGCAGCCCAGACCCUCAAGGCAGGUUAGGGCCACAGGAAGCCACUGCCCUAUUUUCCAGGCAAGAGCCCAUGGCUCAUUUUAGUCUUGAACCAGGCCCCCAACAUGUGGGGCACAUUAUAGGCACAACCCACUCCACCAGGUCUUGGGAAGCCUGCAGGCAAACUUAGAGCCCUGCCCCAUAAGCAAUGGCCUGAGUCACCACCACAAUCUCAUCCCACUGAUGAGCACAGGCAUAGCACAGUCAGCCCAGCCCACACCACUGGUUGGGGUUAUCCUGAGUAAAAAUGGUACCUUGUAAGGUGCCAUGUGAGAUGUGGGGCCUGCAGACAGGAGCCACCACCCCCCUCAGCCAAGCAGUGACAGGACUCCCUCUCAACAUACACAAGGCACCCCAUUAACCACAACUUCCAGAGUGGUCCAGUGACAGUGGAACAACCCUGAAGUACACAGCAACAGGGGACAGAGCCACUAAGCUGGAUAGGGGCAAGCCCCACAGCAACAGCCCUCCAUGGCCCCUCUCCUGCAAGCAGCAGCAACACCAGCCCCACAGGUAGAACAAGGCUCCCACAGCCACCCCCCAUGGAUGGCCACACUCUAAAGGCAGUUGGGAGCAUAAAGCUGGCCCCAGCACCUGUGGACAUUGCCUGUCAUGCCCCCCCAGUCUUGAGAGCUGAAACCUCUUGUGUCCAAGCUAUAGCACUCACAGCAGGGAAUACACCACUCCAGGGGCUCUUGGUACACAGGACUCAACCAGCACUUAGCACUUUGCAUCAGGGAAGAAUAGCCAUCUUAGAGGCUCAGAGCUUUCAGCUUCUAUUUACCAAAGAACCCCCACUACUUGACAGUAACAUUGGACCUAUGCACACAGGCAGGGCUCAGCAAACAGCCAACUGCUUGGUUAAUAGUCUUUGGCACUUCAGGCACCUCCACUGCCCACCCAAACUCAGCUCAGUGAUGAGAGGGCACUGACCCAUCAAGCAAAAGCUACUGAGCUGGGUCUCCACCUGCCCACCAGGGGCACCCCCCAUAUAGGGCCCAACAACAGGGCUCUAACUCCAGAACCAGCCACGCAGGACCCAAAAGGCACCAGGCUUCUGGUGGGCAAACAGUAGUACAUAGAUACUACUGGCAAACACCCAGAAACCAUAGGCUCUGACACUCAGGCAAUCCAGGGACCACCAACUCCAGGCCCCAAUGAGCCACCCCAUUACAAACCUUUGCUGGAUCUACUGUAAUGUACCCCCCAUGGGGUUAUGGUAGCCUGGGUACUGCCCAGGGGGACAGGUACUCAAGAGACCCCACCAGCACAAGCUCCCCCUGCAGACCUACCAGGUCUCUCUUGCACACUAGAGUCGCACCAUGGCUCAUCCUUUCUCUAGCAUCUCCAACAGCACCACACAAAUGCUCCUCUAGCCCCAAAACACCCAUGUGCCCAUGCGGUGUCAAAGCACUGACUCUUUCCAAAGUGAAUGCUCCAAGGUAGCAGGAUACCCCACUAAGAACCAAGGCAGUAUCCACCAGGCUACACCAAUUAGCAGCCACAGGCACCCACAGCUCUGAGAGCAAAGACUGACCCCAAGCCUCACCUGGGGUCCACCUACAACCUGACUGCUUAGUGAGCAUCAACCAUAGAAUACAAGGGCCUUGUCACUGCAUCCCAGGUGGGUGGUCACCUUGGGCAGGAGCCCAGAGACCCUCACACAGUGUAAGCCAGAAGGCAGGUGCCUGGUGGUGGUCAGAACAGCACAGAGCAUGGCCACAGAAGACCAAGGCAAGAUGGGCUACAGGCUCUGAGGGCCCAACUCUGAGGCCAUAAAUGCACAGUAGGAUCAGCUCAUGAUACUAGCAACUGCAUGACUGACCAUCCAAGAGAGGACAAGCUCCCUAAGGAGCUAACACACCACUGGUAUAUUUGCGGGCACUCAGUCAACCCCAACUUGGUCUGAGGCCAGCAGCAUAGCAGGGGGCCCCACCUAUUACCAUGGCUCAUUUUCACAGUAUAAGAAGAGCAAGGCACAUGGGGGGGUCAGAACCUUAUAAACCGGAACACAGAGACUGAGCAAGUCCUGACCCAUUGGGACACUCAGCAGCAGCAUCUCCACGGAAAACAUGCACCCAGCAGGACACCUGCAUCCUCCUCCCAGCCACAAUGUGCCAAAUUCACAGCAUGGGCAGCAGUCACCAGCAUUUGGUGGUGCAAGGCCUGAACCAAUAGCAGCCUGAGACUUGGAGAGCUUUCUCUACACAGCCACCUGCACCCACUUUGUGGGCACAGGGCACCCCCUCACAGGAAGGGCCAGUGCAGGGCAGAGCUCACCGUGUAGGUGGGGGAGUGACACCUGUCGUAACAGUCUUGAAACAAUGCGUCCAACCCCAUUCAAAAACUACUCCCCUCGCCAAUUCCCCGAUGGGGGGUGCAUUGUGAGUCCAGUGUACGCAUCACGCAUGAGGCACAACUGCUCUUGUCAGGUCUUGUGGCGUCUGCGGGACACUCACAGUCCUGCCGGGCAAAAGCUCUGCUCACCAGCACCCGGAAUUGCUCCAAGACCCUCUUUAUAGAACUCCGC